UCUGGAGAGCAAAAUAAAUAUUACCUAAAUUAUCUUCUCUAUGGGAAAAAAAUUAAUUCUUCCAUGGGAACAAAAAAUUGAAAAAUAAAAAAAAUGAAAGCAACCAAUAGAAUAUUCCUUUGCAAUCAAUAGAAUAUUCCUUUCUAUUGGCAUCUAUAUAUACCCUACAAAAUGAAGAGCCUAAAUCUUACAUACCAAAUCCAAAAUAAAGAACAUCGAUCAAAAUACACCAAAUGGGUAGCAACAAUGAUUACAAUUCAUUCAGCAUGAACAAUCCAUUGGAUCCUGAAGAAUUUAAGAGACAAGGCUAUAUGAUAGUUGACUUUCUUGCCGAUUAUUACCAUAAUAUUGAAAACUAUUCGGUUCUAAGUCAAGUUGAUCCUGGUUAUCUUCAAAAAAAUCUUCCAUCUUAUGCUCCUUUUGGCUCUGAAUCCAUUGAAAUCAUCCUUCAGGACAUAAAACGACACAUAAUUCCGGGAAUUACACACUGGCAGAGUCCUAAUUUUUUUGCAUUCUUCCCUUCAAGUGGUAGCACUGCUGGUUUCAUGGGCGAGAUGCUCAGUACUGGACUCAACACCGUUGGAUUCAACUGGCUCUCGUCCCCGGCUGCAACUGAGCUUGAGACCAUGGUCAUGGAUUGGCUCGGCCAGGAGCUCCGGCUACCAAAAGAAUUCCUCUUCACUGGUCACGGCGGCGGCGUCAUGUUAGGCACAACAUGCGAGGCAAUAUUGGCAACACUAGUCGCCGCCAGAGAUCGAAUGCUUAACCUGAUAGGAAGAGACAAUAUUGGAAAGCUCGUUGUUUACGGCUCAGAUCAAACACAUUGUGCGGUUCAAAAAGCCGCUCAUAUUGCAGGGUUUGAUCCAAACAACUUCAGAGCCAUUAAGACUUCGAGAUCGAGUUCAUUCUCGUUGUUACCACAAUCGUUGUUGAAAACCAUUCAGAAAGAUCUCCAUAGCGGAUUAGUUCCAUGCUACUUGUGUGCAACCGUUGGAACAACUUCUACAACGGCCAUUGAUCCAGUUGGAGCGUUGUGCCACGUGGCGAAAAAUUAUGGAAUGUGGAUCCACGUGGAUGCGGCGUAUGCAGGUAGCGCGUGCAUUUGUCCAGAGUUCAGACACCUGAUCGAUGGCGUUGAAGAUGCAGAUUCUUUUAGCCUCAACGCUCACAAAUGGUUUCUAACCAAUUUGGAUUGUUGUUGUCUUUGGGUUAAAGAUCCAAAUUCUUUGAUCAAAUCGCUCUCAACAAACCCUUCGUAUUUGCAUAACAACGCUUCUGAAUCGAAGCAAGUUGUGGAUUACAAAGAUUGGCAAAUUACGCUAAGCAGAAGGUUCCGUGCUCUUAAAGUAUGGCUUGUUCUUCGAAGUUACGGCAUUUCAAAUCUCAGAAAUUUUCUAAGAAGCCAUGUUGAGAUGGCAAAGAGUUUUGAAGAACUGGUGAAGUUGGAUAAGAGGUUUGAGAUUGUGGUUCCUAGAAAUCUCGCUAUGGUUUGCUUUAGAGUUAUACCCUCAGUUGCUCAUGGCGGUGAUGCAAAUGAAAUCAAUAGAAAAUUAUUGGAUUCGAUGAACGAAUCAGGAAGAGUAUACAUGAGUCACGCCAUGGUGGAUGGAAUGUUCAUUAUAAGGUGUGCUAUUGGGGCAACUCUCACGCAGCAAGAACACGUGAUUAUCGCUUGGAAGAUCGUACAAGAACAUGCAAAUACAAUUCUAAAUAAAACUGCUAUUAGUGCCUAGUUAGAAUAAUACUAAAUUAUUAAUUCCAAAUUAUUACUCAGGUAUAUAAAAUUAAAAAUAAAAAUAUAUCAACUUAUAACAUUUCAUUUAUAAAGUGUAAAAUUGUAAGUUGAUAGAAUAUAGUCUAAAGUAAGAUGAGUACAUAUAGUUUUAAUUUAAACAGUUGCAACAUGUUUGUUGCUUUGUUAUAAUAAGUGUGAAGUGAUGAGAAUAGUCAUUUCUUAGGGUACUUAAUUAAUUUUCAGUUUACUUAGUUUGUUAAGAAGUUAGAAAAAUAAGCUCAUCAUUAGUUUAUUAAGCUAAAGUUUAAUUU